AAAGAUGAUAAAUGUAUCACUACAGCCCGCGUAAGUCUAAUUGCUUUCAAUCGCGGUGCACAAACAAACAAAAAAGAAAGGGAAAAUACAAGUCAUUUAAAUCAGUUACUGCAACUUUCGAUAAAAGUAAAAUACUCAUUACGCAGACAGAACGAAAGGGAGAGAGAAAGAGAGGCUCUUCGUGCGCUGUUGCAGCAUAAGAACAGCUUCCUUAUUAGUAGCUUGGUUAGUUAAGUUUAUAUCCAUUUUCGGUUAAUAUUAGUAGAGAGUAAAUGAAAAGGGUGCAAUAAUUGUUUUACGCUUUGGACGAUAUUAUUUGUGUUGAAUAAUGAUAAAGAAGGUUAUUCGAUUUUUACAGCGCAUAUCUUAUGAGACUUAGUACUAAGCUUUGACAGUGUUGUAUAGUGCGAAUACUAUCCGCCAGAUGACGCUAUUUGUUUGUGCCCUUGUCGCUUUGAUAAAUCUGCGAUCACUUCAAACGCUUUUCAAUUGACUUAUUCUAAAUUGAUAAAAUAAAAAGGUAAUCAAAGCAAAAGAGAUAUGCACCAUAUGAGAGAGAGAGAGAGUAAGUGAUAUCGGCAACUUUAGGGUUUUGUAAUGGUACAUUUAUUUAUGCUACAUUACACCUCAACUCCACCAAAAACGAGCAUUCUUGUGCAAUGGAGGAUCGGGACAAAAAGAAAACGAUUUUAAAUUCAAUUUAGCAACGUUAAAGCCAGUUAAAAAUAUCGCGUGAAGUUUAGAAUCGGUAGCCUAACACAAGUACGGUUAAUGUAGUAAGGUUUUAUAUGUACGAGAAUCACUUUUUAAGCGAAAAUUUCAAAACCAUCAUUAUAGCGCAUAGCAAUGAAGCGUAAUAGGAAUAUGGUGCACUUUAUUAAAAAAGAAGAAAAGCUUUCACAACUGAAAAACAGCACGAUUGUUAACGAUGAUAUAUACAAACCAAAUGCAUUACAAAAGGACAAAACUGUUCGUACCUAGCUUUUGCAAAAGCACGAAUUUAAGGCAUACAAAGAGCCAAAGCUCACGCAAAAAAAAAAGAACGAAAAAAAGAAACUAACACACACAACAAUCUCAUCGAAAGAGGAUACAGUAAUCAAGCGAUAGCACCGACCGUAAUGUCAUUCUUGUUCGAACACUCAAAGCCAAUCAUUGAGGCAAUGGAAUUGUUGUAACAAUAAGGACGUCGCGCUGCGUCCUUGCGAGCCCGAAAACACUGCGGUGUCCCAUUUUACCCUUUUACACAUCAUGGCACAUUUCUUCCCCUAUCCGUCUGAUGGGAUGAUGUUUAAUUUCCUUUCGAUUUCUAUGGAUACAAUCCCCGUCCAAUUGUUUUGUUAGUUCUUCUUCACCCUUCUGUGCACAAGCAGAAUUAGUAAUGAGCGUUCAGUUACUGGCGCGAUAAUAACAGCACCUUAGUAGAGCUGUGAAUGUGGAAUGUAAUACAAAUAUUCCUACUUAUACACACAUUUCGAUUGAAUGAAUUGCUAGGAAAUCACAUUACUGAUUGUUUGCUGUUUGUGAUGGCUUUUGAAACAUUUGUUCCUAAGUUUUUUGCACACUUAGCUUUUUAACAAGCUUUUGCCUUUAUAUUGGUAGCACCCCCACAUACAUAGUCAGUCAGUCAGUAGCUUACGGGGUUGGAAAUUGUUGACUGUUUUUGACGUUUUUGCGUUUGAUUUUUAUUUGUUUCAAAUAGCAGCAACAUCUAAAGGAUUUGCUGCGUUUGUGUAAUGUUUUCUAUUUAGUUGUAAAAUUGAGUUUGUGCCAUACCCUGUUUUAACAGUUGAUAGUUCACGUUAGUGAUGGGACAUACGAUUCAUUUCAUGGCUCGACCCGGAGUCGGGUGCAACAAAAUCGGAAUCGAUUCCGACCCGUGGGUGCAGCGGGUUCGGGCCGACCCGUAAACAUAGGUAGGUUCAGUAGUUCCGACCCGAACUCGCUGCACCCACGGGUCGGAGUCGCUUAUGGCAGCUUGCACCUACCGGAAUCGUUGCACCUACUGGACCUACUGAACCUACUUCGACCCGAGUCCGACCCGAACUCGCUGCACCCACGGGUCGGAGUCGCUUAUGGCAGCUUGCACCUACCGGAAUCGUUGCACCUACUGGACCUACUGAACCUACUGCAACCCGAGUCGACCCGAACUCGCUGCACCCACGGGUCGGAGUCGCUUAUGGCAGCUUGCACCUACCGGAAUCGUUGCACCUACUGGACCUACUUGUAUCUACGGGUCGACCCGAACGGGUUCGGGUCGCUUAUGGAUGGCUCCGACCCGGUAGGUUCGGGUCGACCCGCACAUCACUAGUUCACGUUGCCAAUUACUUAACAAACUUAUUCAACAUAGAAGAUUCUUCAGUACAUCAGAUCGUACGAAACUUAACGCUUCAUAUGAAGUGUUUCUUGAACACAGACGGCACGGAUUCAAAUCCGAGAUUUGACUGACCCAAACUUUCCCAACACGAACACCAAACAUUAUACUCAGACGCCGGACAUCUGCCACAACAACAACACCUCUGGGAAAGGUGCAUGAAGCAGUCGUUUUUAUUGUCCUCUUUCUCCAAACCCGCUUGUUAAAGCACAUGUUAAGUGUCUUUUUACAUUAGUGUUGUAACCCACCGUAAUUUCGCAAAAUAUUCACCACUACCUAUCACCGUUGUAUCGUAUCUGCACACACACAAUCGCACCUUCUAUUGCUUUCUUACACCGUUUUUUUCCAUCCCAAAAACUCAAUUCCCAAUAUACUUACUUUCCCCACUACAAUCGGUUUUCCCACACUUUCUAUACCUUCUCUGCUCCUUUCCUGAAGAAAACAAAUUUUAAAAACCGCCCGGAUGUCGCCUAUUAAUACGUUCCAGUUGUCACAAGACGUGCUAUAUACAGUUUGUUGUUUUUUUCUUGUUUUGUUUCAAUUAUUACAAUUUUUGUUUUGUUUUCUCUCAGUUUUAAAUCCCGCAGGAGGAAAAUGUGUAAAACAAAAGCUAAACUAAACCUUAAAAAAUGUCAAAAAACUACAAAAAAACAGCAAAAACAUAAAACUUUAUUACCAAAAAAAAACAAGGGGAGAAAGAAAUAGAAAAAGAAGUACAUACUGUCGAUUACAUCCUGCCAUGAAGCGAACAAAACAAGCAACAUACAAACAAAACAGAACAGAAAACUAUAAAAAAAGAAGCUAAAACCGGUACAUACUAAAUCACCAAUGAAGGAAACAUAAAACAAACGUUGAACGAGAGAAACAAAUUAGGGUGUUUUUUCUUUAAAUUUAUUUAGCAAGCCAAUGCUAUCUCAGCAUUUAGUCUGUUUUCCGUUUCCCAUAGCCAUAAACGACAAAACACACGGCGUAUUAUUUUGCUUGUAAAUAACAUUGCUCUACACAACCUCGCUCUCCUCCCUUACCUCCGCUUAACCCAGUCGCUCCUUUCUGUUAAAUGGUUCAGUUAAAGCAACAAUGAAAACAAUGAAGACAAACUGUUUUAGGGGUUUCUUUACAUUCGUCUGUUAAUGCGCUCUUUUUCCUACUCUAAAUCUAAUUGUGAUAUGAAAUAGUUUCCACUCUUCUCUUUGUAAAGUGUAUUUGCGUAUGUACGUGAGUGUGUGUGUGCGCGUGUGUGUUUGUAUAUUUUAAACCGAACAAAAAUGUGAAAAUAUUACAAACCCCAUUUAAAAUCUCCCCCCAACGCAUGCACACACGUAUACUCUCACGCAAACUACAAGUCACAUUUAAUGCUUAUGCAAGCAAAUACAGCGGAAAAUUAGAAUGGAAAGAAGCAUGAAACAAAUGUAAAAAUAAAAGACAAAACAAUGCGAAGAACACAACUAACAUUGAAAUAAUCAGAAACAAAGCAAAACAAAGAAAAGAAAACAAAAGUAAAUAGAUUGAUUUAAAAUGCUAUAACAAAAACAAACCACCCAAACUAAGUUAGAUAGAGCGAAAGAGAACAAGCAAAAAGGAGGAGGAAAUGAAAAACGCGACGCAAAGCAAACUAUUUCCAUGUGUUACCGUUUUCCCUUAAGAAAAACCACCAUACACAGAGAGAGGGAGAGAGAGAGAGAAAGAGAAAAAAGAGAGAGAGAGAAUGAAAGAUGCAAAAUAUCCGUAACUUACCAUUCGUAACCUACUGAUCAAAGGAGUGAACUGCUUCUGUCAGUCCUAAUAACAGCAAAGAAGCAAGGACACGAAUCUUAGCCAAUGGAUGAGUUAAAAAGGUAGACUGACUGGCGUUGUUUUAUGUUUAAAGAAGCGAAUGUAGCUGCCCCGCGCAGAGCUUCUAUAAAACAACAACAACAGUUGUUUUAUGUUUGGUUUUCAUCUCAGAAUCGUUUCUUCCACGUCCACGUACAUUACAACCACUACGGAUGCAGCAACCACACCUAAUUGAGCAUUAGAGGAAGCAUUUUGUACUAUUGAAAUUGUAUUAAAGCUCUACAGUAAAUAACGGCAACAGUAACGGCGACAAAAAACAUAUGUGAAUGAAUGUAUGUUUGUGUAUGUGUGUGCGUAUUAAAAAGAAUUAUGAGUUAAAUCGAUCAGAUGAAAAGUAGUAUAAAAGGAUCGACAGUCUCUGUAUAAUAUAUUUUAUAUGUACGUCGUUGACAACAAAAACAAGAUCGAAGUGUCCACAAACACACAUAAACAUACAUGGAUUGCACAUGAGAUGAUAACAAACCGCCCCAAAACAGAUGAUAAAUGUUUGUGUGGUUCACACCACCUUCUUUCUUUUUUUUUAUAAUGGAUAUGCAAAUAUUUUUUCAUCAAAAUACACAAUAAGAUGAAAGGCUACACAACACAACUGUAGUAAAAAAAACUGUCUACCGUUGCUGCGUGGUGAAAUGUGGAUAGAAGAGAGAAAUGAAAAAGAGAAACAAAUACACAGGACAACGCGCCUGCGGGACUACUUCAUCCGAAUGGUAGUAGGCUUCGAGUUAAAUAUGGCGUCCGGAGAGCGAGCGAGAUUAUAUGGAUGUGGUGUCAUAGCCUACUAUCCUACCGUUUUUUUUUGUCGUCGAUGCUAAAUCGGUCGCGUUAAUAGUAGCUCAAGCUUUCCCCGAAUUGCUCUGUGUGAUGUUUUGGGGCAUCACCCCAUAGCACUACCGAAGGUGACGAACAACACCUAACUAGCUAGCUGGCAAAAGCGAGAGAACAUGGUUGGGAAACAUAAAACGGGGAGUGAAAGAAAGAUGUGGAAACCCCUAACACACUACUUAGUAUACACACCUCCGCUAAGUGGAAACGGCGCGUGUAUUGUGUGUUACGAGAUUUAGUAUAGCUUCUGGUUAGUAUGAGAAUUAAUUACAAGAGCGCGAACGAGCGAGCGAGUGUGCGUGAGUGAGAGAUAAAGUGAGCGAAUGAGUGAGAGCGCGUGUAUGUGUAAUGCUUGCGUGUGAGAUAGACAGAGGGAAAACAAAAGAUUAAGUAAACAGAAAAACCUACCUACUCGAUAAGGAUUAUUUAAGUCAAUGCAAAUACACAAGAGAGGAAGAGAGAGAGAAAGAGAAAGAGAGAGUAAACAAAAACGCAGUAUAUUAAAAAAGCAAGGAGAAGGAAAACAUGGGCGAGAAAGAGAAGACAGCAACACAAAACGCCCUACCAAGCAAAACAAAAAAAAAACAAAGCAAAAAAGGAAGCGCAGCGUUUCAGCGCUUUCCUUUUCUUUGUGGCUGGUAGUGUUGUUACUGUGUAUGUGUGUAUGUGUGGUUAUUAAUUAACAAAAAAACAAAAACAUCCCCUUUGCAAAAGGGGAAAAAACUCGUAGAAAUACAGUACGCUAGUGAAAGGGGAAAAAACGAGAAGAAGCUGUGUUUAGCUCUUAAUCGUGUAAUAAUUAAAUCAUGGACAGCUAAAAGAAUAAUGCAACACAAAAUGUUAUGACUCGCGCGCACGACGUAGUUUGUGUUCCUGCGUGUAUGUGUGUAUGUGUGCGUGUGUAUGCGCGUGUAUGUGUGUAACGCAAACAUGGUUGAAGAUGCAAUUGUUAACAAGAGAAGAAAUUAUGCGCAUACAUAUGCAAAGAGUGCGCACGUUCGUACGUGUGCGUAUGUGUGUGUGGAAAGGUGAUAAGUAUCUCCCUUUAACAGAUCCUGCUACACAAUUUAAGAUAUGUGGGAAUGUGUAUGUGUGCGUGUGUGUGUAAUAUAUUGUAUGUAGAAGUAAAUUAAACGUACAGAGCGUGACUACUGUAUGCUGUAUAAAAGAGAAAAAAAGAGAAUAGAACAAGAGUAUAAACAUACACACACGCACACUAACACAAGCCGGUACCGCUACUGUACCUACUCACACUAAUUGUAGUGCUAAAAGAAGCAGAUAAUGUUGUACAUUUUAGUAAAGUUACUGCACAUGUAAAUCUUCAUGUGUUACAAAAAGGAUUCAUAUAGAGUGUGAAAAAGAAAAGAGAAAAAGCGAGAGAGAGAUACUGAAAGAGAACACUAUAUAAAUGGUAAAUCACACACACAAGCGCUCGCGCACACAAAUAUAUAAUGCACACCAUGACCGUAUGUGCGUGCACAGUGUGCAAUGCAUUGUGAAACAAUCGCAAGCACGCUCGCACACACACACAUACACACAUCUACACAAACAUGCUAGUAUGGCAUACCACUUCCCUUCCCUACCCUUCCUCUCCCAUCCACUCCUCUCCAUACAUUAGUAUUGCAGGAGAGAAGAGCAAAAGAGAACAGAAGAAAACAAAAUAUGUUACAAUAUUGCGGCGCAAAAUGAUGACGAAUAAAAGGGAAUAUAACAACAACAUAAAAUGGGAUGCUUGAGAACAGGAUGAUGAUGUUACAUAAAACAGCAGAAACAAUGAAGUGAAACGAAGCAGUAACAGUGUAAACGUUUAAAAAGGAAAUGGUGAAAGAUGAACACAACAACCGACUGUAGUAGCUAAAUGAAAAUAAAAAUCUGCAAACAUCUUAAUUAAAACUAAA